UUUUUCCUUUUUUCCCUUUUUUUUCUUUGCCUUCUCACCAUCCGCCUGCUUGGAUCCCUUUUCUUCGUCCUUUGUUUCGUUUUCUUUAUUCAUAGUAUUAAAUCCUCCAGCUGUCUUUUCGCUUCUUUCCUUUUCAUUUUUUUCUUUAAUUCUCUCUGCUGUGUAUUCGCAAGACGUGAAAACCACCAUCAUUUGAUCUUGUCCCUCUCCACUCCAAUCUCCCACAUUCUUUGUCCAUUUUUUUUCUUGUGAUUAUUCAUCUUCUUUCUGGUUCUUAUUUUUGACCACGCGUUCACAUACCAAUCAAACACAUUUUACAAACGAUCAAACAAGAGAUGCCAUCAAGUCCGCCCGUUAGUCGCAAAUUGACCAAUCCCAGUCCAAGCCGAAAUUUGCUGGUGGAACGAUGCUCGUCUCUCCGAGCCUGCGAACCGUGCAAACGUCGUAAAAGGCUCUGCAACGGCCAAAGACCAUGCAAUGCAUGUCUAGAUACGGGGAUGGAAUGUGUUUACAGCGUUAUUUCUGAUCAUCCAAGAAGUGUUUUCACCACCAGCAGUGCCCGUCGUUUGAGUAGUGGGUCUGCAUGCGAAACGUGCCGUCGUCGAAAAACCAAAUGCGAUGGUGGAAGCCCUUGCAGCUUCUGUGCUGCCAACGGGAUUGAAUGUGUCAACAACUCGGAACGCCGUAAACGCGCUUCGUUGGCCAACGCCGCGAAUCCCCCAGCUCCUGGUGACAAUGAAGCGAUCGAUCGCAUUGAAGACAGACUGCGACGUAUUGAAAGAUUGAUGACCGCCUUUUCCCCCAGUCCAUUAUCACAAAGCACCACAGUAUUUGAAAAUGGAGAAUGCGAACGAACCUGGAGUUCCAGUUCCUACAGAAAGUUGUCUUCCCCUCAUCCUCCACCACCACCGCAAACGGUGCGCCAACAUCGCCACUCGGUUCAGGGGAUUAACGCCGCCAAAGAACAAGUCCACUUACGAGCAGCGUUAGCUACCAAACGAGGGGAUGCCUUGACUAGAAAAGCCACACCUGUCUCGCCUCCUGCCAGUCCGCAUCAGCCCUCGCCACCUUCACCGUCUUCGCCUUCUCGACCAGGUCGUAUUUUGCGACAAAGCUCGUCGCACCAUACAGCGACUCAGCCUUUGACGUCGUCGAUGCUGAAUUUAUCCUUAUCUCCUUCGUCCUCAUCUACUUCGUCUACUUCGAAUUCAUCGAGCAUGCCUCCUCCCUCCAUGCAACCGUCCAUGUCUACGCCUAAUGUAUCUUCUCCCUCGUCCGACAUUGGCACGCCAUUCUGGUCAAAGUCCACCACGCCUGUUGAUCAGGCCUCUAACAGUUGUGUGACACCGCCCGUCGAUAUGGAGUGGAAAUAUGCCGCGCCGAUUCCUAGCUUAAUGGAUCAACUUUCACGACGUACAUUUGCCACCACAGCCAUGGAUUACACCGUUCACUAUCCUAUUUAUCCACUUACACCUCCUCAUCCAUCACCAUCGCACGCUGAAUUAUAAUUAUCUUGCCUUUUAACUUUUUUUUUGUUGCUAAUCUUGCUGGUUUCUCCCCUUUGAAUAUAUAUAAUCCGAACAACCUAAUAAAAAAGAAAACGAAAACGGAC